AUGGCCAGCCACCGCUACAGCACACACCUCCUUUCUGAGAUCCACCCCAUUGAGGAGGGCAACGGAUUGGCCCACCCACGCGGCACGCCCCUCCAUCCUCAGAUCCACCCAAGUGAGGAGGUUGCUGGAAUGCCCAGCCACCGCCGCAGUGCACUCCUCCUUUCCCAGAUCCACACCAUCGAGGAGUGUGACGAACUUGCCCACCCAUGUGGCAUGUGCGUCCGUCCCCAGAUCCAGGCUGGUGAGGAGGAUAUUGGAACAACUCGUCGCAGACGUCAACGCCACCGCGGCACCUCGUCGGAGGCACCCUCCUCCCUGCCGGACAACGACGAUAUACUCAGGGAGAUCUUUCUCCGCCUCCCCUCGGACCUGUACUCAUUCCCCCGAGCGUCUGCCAUCUGCAAGCGUUGGCGAGGCCUCCUCAUCGACCCCAAGUUCCUCUGCCAGUUCUACACACACCACUGCAAGCCGCCCCUCCUCGGCAUCUUCGAGAACUGCAGCAAGGAAGGUAUGGUGUUCACCCCCAUUCCGGCUCUAGUUGCCGACUACAUCCCUCCGGAGCGCUUCUCCCUUGGACGCCCCCGACUUACCUAUGUGCUCGACUGCCGCCACGGUCGCGUACUUAUCGAAGAUCUAGAGCAGAAAUACCUCAUUGUGUGCGACCCCAUCACAAGUGAGAAGUGUCGCGUGGCUCUUCCAUGCAAGUUCAAGUGGAGCUUUGUCGGAGCGGUGCUCUGCACAGCCGGCUACAAGGGGCCCUCCAGCCCCUUCAAGGUGGUAUUGGUGUCCUGGGAUGGCGUGGAUAAUCAACUCCUCGCCUACGUUUACUCCUCGAUGACCGACACAUGGGGCAAUCUCAUAUCAGUUGAGGCUCCAGAUAAUACUUAUUUUCAUGGUUGUCGUAGCACCCUUGUUGGCAAUGUCCUUUACUGGCCAGUUAUGAAUGGGAGAGGUACAAUACUUGAGUUUGAUUUGGACAGCCAGAACCUUACCAUGAUCAAGGGGCCUCCUGGUAUGAAUGAUACUGGCAACUUUCAGAUCAUCCAGGCAGAGGAUGGCGCCGUUGGUCUUGCCAUGUUGUCCUGUCAUAACCUUCAAAUUUGGCAGAGGAAGGUCAAUUGUCAAGGUGUUUGCAUAUGGUUGUUGCAGAAAACGGUUUCAUUGCACAAGCUUCUUAAGAUCCCUCCUCGGGGCAAUAAAAGGAUCAAAUGGCCGGACAAAUUUCUGGGCUAUGAAGAGGAUAACGAUGUAAUCUUUUUAUAUAGAUACGAAAGUGUCUAUAUGGUUCAACUCAAGUCAAUGCAAUUCAGGAAAUUUAAUGGAACCCGUUCCAGGGAGUAUAGGGAGUGUUGUUAUCCUUUCACGGGUUUCUUCCCACCAGGCACAACCAUUACUAGUGGAUGUAAAGAAGCUGAAAUGUUAGGAUGA